AUGCCGUUGGAAUUGUACCUUGAUCUGCACUCUCAGCCAUGUCGUUCUGUGUUCAUUUUUGCAAAGAAAACAGAUAUUCCGUUUGAUUUCAAGUUAGUCGAUCUGGCUUCAGGUACAGCGAGAUAUUUGGAAUGUGAUUUAUUAUGUCUAUAUUGACGAUAUAGCCUAGUAUAUCUUCUCACGACUUUAACACAAUAGAGUUUUUGUGUGGAUAACAUUUGCAUGCAUGUUCAAAUAUAGACUAGUGAAAUUCUAUUCGAGGUAAAUCAGAAAAUAGAAAACACCCAACUAUUUUAGUAAAUGGGCCUACUGUAAAUAAAGUUAGGAAGUAACCUAGUAGCCUAUCAUGACAAUGUAAGUUAGAUUUCAUGUAGGCUAGAACAUUCUAGGUGAAACCAACGAAUUGCAAACUUUAAACUUCAGAAGGUAAUAUCUAACUGGACCCAAUAACUACAGAAAAGUCAUGAAACAUGAAAUACGUAUGGAAACGUUUUUUCACCAUAGAUGAUCAUCAAGUAUUGCAUUAUGUGUAGAUUCAAACAAUUAUGUAGUUUGUUGGAUACAUUAUAACAACAAAAUCACUUUAUUCCUUAAAAGUAAAUCAGUGUAACUUUUUCUUAGGGUCAGGUGUCACAAUUGUGAUUUUGUGCUCCUCAGGCCAGCAGUAUGGAGAAGACUUUGGCAAGAUUAGUGUCGUGAGAAAGGUCCCAGUCAUGAGAGAUGGAGACUUCAUUCUUACAGAGAGGUGAAGUAGCCUACUGUAAGCUACACAGAGAGACUUACAUAACUAUACUUAGGUUUUUGUGUAGUUCCUUCAAUGAAUAUAUCUCUCCUUAUUUGUAGUGUUGCCAUCCUGAAGUACAUGGCUGAGAAAUUUGGUACCUCAGAUUCAGACCACUGGUACCCAGCAUACCUGCAAAAUUGA